AUGGAUGAAGAAGUUGAGAAAAUGGCUGAGGAUGAUCGAAUAGAAUCCGGUUCAAAUCGUAUCCUUGGAUCUCAUUCUCCAGUUGUAUUCGGCGAAAUAGUCGCUUCUCAUGAUCGAUUCGAGGCUCAUGGAGGCGACAGAAACUCAAUUCGAACUCGGGUCCCUCCGACCGGUUCGGUACUGCGGAAAAGAAGUCGAGGAGAACGACGUGAUGUGGAAUAUCAGGAACUUCCCCUGGAGCCGCCAUCAUGUUUUGCGUACAAAUACGGAGCAUCUGACGACUAUCAAAGAGUAGAGCUGGAGACGGUUCGGGAAACGCGUGGAUCAUCAUUUGCUGCAAUGUCUUAUGGUGCUACGUAUCGGCUAUCUGUAUAG